AUGGGGUUUGAAGAUAGUGAGGCUGAUGAUUGGCUGAAGCGAUUGAUGUCGGCAUCUACUACUACAACAACACGGAGUAAGAAUGAUAAUAAUGAGGAAAGAGGAUUACUAAUGCCACAAAAGGAUUAUAUAAGACUCUGUAGAGUUGUUAAGAGUAUAUUGAUUGAGGAGGAUACUGUGGUGAGGAUUAAUAAUGAUGGUCCAGUAGUAAUAGCAGGAGAUGUCCAUGGACAGUUUUACGAUGUCCUAGAGUUAUUUAAAGUUGGUGGUGAUCUACGUAGAGAUCCUACUUUGAGAUAUCUUUUUAUGGGAGAUUAUGUGGAUAGAGGUUAUAAUUCAGUGGAGACUUUGGAACUGUUAUUACUACUUAAAUUACGUUAUCCCAAUCGGAUAACUCUUUUAAGAGGAAAUCAUGAGACUAGGCAGAUAACACAAGUCUAUGGGUUCUAUGAUGAAUGUAUACGUAAGUUUGGUAAUGCCACAGUAUGGCGUAUUGCCAUGGAUCUGUUUGAUUAUCUACCAUUAGCAGCCAUAGCUUACGAUGUUUUUGCUGUACAUGGAGGAUUGUCCCCAGAACUUGGUGAUAUAGAUCAGAUCCGUUUACUACAGCGAGUACAAGAGGUACCACCUCAAGGUCCAUUGUCUGAUUUGUUAUGGUCCGACCCUGAUGAUAGUGUUAAAGGAUGGGAACUUAACCCACGUGGAGCUGGUCUAGUCUUUGGUGCUGAUCCUACUAGACAAUUUUUACAUCAUAAUGGUCUUAGAUUAGUGGCUAGAGCACAUCAAUUGGUACAAGAGGGAUAUAAGUUUAUGUUCCCAGCUAGUGAGGCUGAUCCUAAUGUAGUAGUACCUGAUGUUGACUGCUUGAUCAGUAGCAUUCCCUUCAAUAGUUGGGCAUCAUGCAUUACUACUAUGAGGGCAUCAGUAGUAGCAAGAUGUACAUUCGCUAGUGGUGACUUCAAAAGGAAGAGAAGACUCAUUGUUGAUAGCCCUCCAGAGGCAGCUGCUCAACACAUUAAGCAAGUUACACUAUUCGAUCCUUAUCCAUCAUUCGAAGCUCCUCAUCAAUUCGGUUAUGAAGUUGAUAGAGAUGGUCAUUGGUAUGUUGGUCAUAUGAUGAGGACCAAACAAGCUUUACCUACAUGGGCUAAUCGAGUUGAUGUUAUUAUUGAGGUUCGAGAUGCUCGAAUACCUCUUACCUCGGCACAAACCGAAUUGAAUACGACUUUAAGAGAGUCGGGUAUAAGGAAGUUACCAAGACUCAUAGUACUCAAUAAAUGUGAUCUGGUCACACCUAGCAUGGCCCGAAGAGCACAGGAGAUGAUUGAAGCCCACUCUAAUACUCAGUGUGUAUUGGCAACUUCUGUUAUGAAGAAGGGUGUAGUGAAGAUAAAGGAAUUCAUGUUAGCCUCACGAGAGAUACGUUUCAAGUCGUUGGGUAUAUAUGGCCUUAUAUUAGGCCUACCUAAUACAGGGAAAUCUACUACAAUUAAUGCAUUGAAACGUCUUUCACUACUAGCAUCCAAAACUAGAUAUGAUUCUCGAGAUAGUAUGAUAGGUGUUAGUAGAGCACAAGCUAGAGUUACAAUGUCCCCUGGUACAACAGAGCUUAUAAGAGCAUAUCAACUUAGUCACAAUCCAACACUCUAUUUAGUUGAUACUCCUGGUGUCACUUUCCAUAAGGUGCUUAAUCCCGAGAGGAACCUAAAAUUAGCAGCUGUUGGUACAUUCCCUGACCACAUUUUUGGUGAAUUAUACAUCGCUGAUUACAUCCUUUGGAGACUCAAUAAUGCCCGUCUCUUUCAAUAUGUGAAUGUAUGCGCUUUGAACGCUCCCACUAAUGAUAUCCGAUCAGUAUGUAGAGAGAUAGCAUACCAAUUAUGCAGUGAUCCAUGUAGAGAUUCGGGAGCUAUGGAUGUCCUAUCUGGUGCACGUACUUUCCUCAAGUUCUAUCGUAAUGGUUUACUUGGUCGUUAUUGUUUGGAUGCUUUACCCACCGUGAAUGAAUUGAAUAGAUAUGAUAAUUUGGUAGAGGAAGCAGAACCUCCGGGUCCUUGGGGACCUAAUACAUAUCCAUUGGAUCAACAUCAUCAUCAUUUGGAUGAGAAUGCGUUCAUGGUGGAGACGAAUAACCAACAUCAUCAUCUGCAUAGGGAAUCAUCAUUGAUAAUAAGCAAACUAUCAGCCUCUGAGAAGUUAUUGGAGAAGUUAGCUCAGUUCGAUAGUAAAGUUAAACGCUUUAAGUAUGAUGAUGGAGUAGAAGACCAGAAAAGUGAUGAUCAUAAUGGGCUCCAUGAUGAUGAUGAUGAGGUCCCACCUGAGGGUAUACCUAAAGGGGCUGUACCUCCUAGUGGUCAUCUUAUACUCAAGCAUCUACAUCUACCAGGGACUAUCAUUGAUAUUAUUGGUUUGGAAACUAUAUUAAGUACAAGGAAUAUUAGGGUUGUUGAAGAUCUUGGGUAUUCAGAUAUAAAACAUUUAUAUAAGGCCUUACUUGAUGAAGUAUCUAAUAUGGGCGAUAUUCAUGGUGAUUUAUUAGAUCUGGAGAAGUUAUUCAAAGUAUCCGAUACCCAUAAAGAGAAUAAUAACUCUACAAACGAUGAUCACCAUGAUAUACGAUUCAUGACUGAUGAAUAUCUUGCCUCCGAUAGAGCAGGGCAGAAGAUGAUGAUGAUGCUAUGCACUGUCUAUGAUGAUAAUAUGAUAAUGAAAGGCCUCGCAGGAGACGAUGGUGGUGGAAAUGAGUCUUCGAUGGUUAAUGCUAGAGAUAGGAAAAAAGUUAAGCUCAAUGCUCUCAAUGCUAUUCGUAUAUCAUAUCUUCAACAUGGUAAGAACGUCAAUAACGUCGAUGUCAUAAAGGGAAUCCUCAAGUUAUUGGCAUUGGAUAGUGAUACUGCCGUUACACUUAGUGCACUAAGUGCAUUAGAGGCGGUUCCAAAAGAAGAGGGUCAUUGGGUAGAGGAAGGGAUAGCAUCCUAUCUAUCACGGCCUACAAUCACUUCAAGGGAUGCUACUAGUGACGAACUAAAAUGUGUAUUAUCUAACAUUAUGAACAUACAUCUAGAAGCAGUACUAGAAGGAUGUUAUAAGUCUAUGGAGAGUAGGAUGAAAACUGUUGACAAAAAGAAGAGGAAGAUGAUGAAGUGGAUACCUUAUCAGCUCAUUACAGCUCAUCUAGAUCCUCACACUACAUCAUCUAAGUUAAUGGACAUUGCAAUGGCAUUACUACGUGUAGAUGCAACAUUCGAUGAAGGGUCGAUAACCAGACUGCGAGAAUCGGCUGAAGAGGAGCUCAUCCGACUUGGAGAAUCUGAUGUUGUUCAUGGCGCUUGAUG